CUUGACUUGCUGGCAUCAUGCAGGGUCUUAACAAGCUUCUUUUCUUUCAUGUUCUGACAUGUCUUGGACAGAAUGCACUUAGAGGUAAAAUCAUAGAUGGGGACAGAGCCCCGGAGAUGAUGCUGUAUAUGGCCUCUCUGCAGAACAUCCGUGGUCAUGUCUGUGGGGGAUUCCUUAUAAGUGAAGAAUUUGUUGUCUCUGCUGCACACUGUGACUGCUUGAAUCAUUCAAGUGUUGUUCUUGGCACCCACAAUCUCAAGUCUGCAAGAACAGAGAGAUCUAUUGAAAAGAAGUGUAUUCCCCCAUCUUAUGAGAAUGUUGGUGGAGGGAAUGACAUCAUGCUCCUCAAGCUGUCUAGUGCAGUUCAGCUGAACGAGAGAGUACAGCUUAUCCAACUUCCCAGAACUGAAAUUAGCAUGAAAGAUGGAGAAAAGUGCAGUGUGUCUGGAUGGGGUAAGACUGAAACUGGUGGUGCAGUUGUUGAUGACCUGAGAGUGGUGGAUGUGUCUGUCAUCAACCCACAAGUCUGUAAGAAGACAUGGCAGAAUCUUCCUGCCAAUGUUCUCUGUGCAGGUGGAUAUGACACAAAGAAAGGAUUCUGUCAGGGUGAUUCUGGUGGUCCUCUGCUGUGCAACGGGACAGCAGUUGGUAUCGUGUCUUUCAACAGAAAUUACACCUGCAACUAUCCAGAUGUACCCAACGUCUACACAGACAUAUCGAAAUACCUGCCCUGGAUUAACAAGAUUCUUGAGGAAAAGAACUGUUAAAUAAAACAAGUUUACGAUGAUGAUACACAGAGUAACUUUUAGAGCAAUGUUGCCGUCAAUGGUAAUGAGUAAAGAUUACUACCGUGAUCCUCUCCCCCCACCACUCCACCACUCCACCACUCCACCACUCACUCCGCCCGUCGCUUUCAAAACACAGUCAGACUGGCCACCAGCAAGAUUGCUCAAAACGUUGCCCCGUGUAUCAUCAGGUUUACACAGAGAUUUGCUUCAG